AUGUCGUUCCUCGGCCUUCGCGCGCUCCGCGCCCCCCUCCUGCGUCCGCUCGGCGCACGCGCCCUCGCGACACCACCACGGCCGUCGAACGCGCUCGCCGGGGUCGCGUCCGACCUCAUGCCCUCGUCCCUCCGCGAGCCCUCGGACCCGGACGCAUGGUGGCGCGGCAACGAGCUCACCCAGCACUACGGCAAGCCGGGCAAUCAGUACACCGGGCGCUCGGUGCCCGUGCGCCACUUCCAGGCGUCGUAUGCGAUGAUGCAGGCCAUGCUCAACCGGUCGGGCGCGACGUUCGAGCACCGCAACAGCGAAUACUACGAGAAGCCGAGUUUGCAGCGCGUGCGGCUUGCGAGCCAGCGGAACAGGCGGCGAUUCCAGGAGAAUAUCCGCAAGCGCGUUCAGCUGGUCCAGUCGCUCCGUAGCCGCAAGUAGAGCAUAGCAUGUCACACUUUUCUUCAUUCUCGUAGUUGCGUGCCGAGUGUGCAGAAUGAUAGACGUCAGUUAUGGACCACACCGGAUUAUGCAUAGACACAGCUCUCUCCGCU